GUCGGAGGCGUGGGUUGCAGCUGGGAGAACCGGCUGGGUGCUGCCCCUCCCCUUGGGCCGGGCGCGGAGGUAGGCACCUGGCGGGCUCCCCGGGUGGCAGACGCCGCCGCUGCGCGCACCUGGCCCCCUGCCGCCUGCUCCCUGCUGGUCCUCCCCUCCCCGCCCUAGCCCACCCGCCAUGGACGGGCCCUCUGAGUCCCGGAUUCCCGCCCUCUGGGACACCUACGAGGACGACAUCUCGGAAAUCAGCCAGAAGUUGCCAGGUGAAUACUUCAGGUACAAAGGCAUCCCCUUCCCCGUCGGCCUGUACUCACCCGAGAGCAUCAGCUCAGCGGAGAACGCCCCCGACGUGCGAGACGACGACAUUUUCAUCAUCACCUACCCCAAGUCAGGCACCACUUGGAUGAUCGAGAUCCUCUGCUUAAUCCUGAAGGACGGGGACCCCUCCUGGAUCCGCUCGGUGCCCAUCUGGGAGCGGGCGCCCUGGUGUGAGACCAUCAUGGGCGCCUUCAGCCUCCCGGACCAGUCCAGCCCCCGCCUCAUGAGCUCCCACCUUCCCAUCCAGAUCUUCACCAAGGCCUUCUUCAGCUCCAAGGCCAAGGUGAUCUACCUGGGCCGGAACCCCCGAGACGUGGUGGUCUCCCUCUAUCAUUACUCCAAGAUUGCUGGGCAGCUGAAGGACCCCGGCACGCCCGAGCAGUUCCUGCGGGACUUCCUCAAAGGCGAAGUGCAGUUUGGCUCCUGGUUCGACCACAUUAAGGGCUGGAUUCGGAUGCAGGGCAAAGAGAACUUCCUGUUCAUCACCUAUGAGGAGCUGCAGGAGGACCUCCGGGGCUCUGUGGAGCGCGUCUGCGAGUUCCUGGGCCGGCCGCUAAGCGAGGAGGCGCUGGGCUCCGUCCUGGCACACUCGACCUUCGGGGCCAUGAAGGCCAACACCAUGUCCAACUACACACUGCUGCCCCCCAGCCUGCUGGACCACCGCCAGGGGGCCUUCCUUCGGAAAGGGGUCUCCGGUGACUGGAAGAACCACUUCACGGUGGCGCAGAGCGAAGCCUUCGAUCGAGUCUACCGCGAGCAGAUGCGGGGGAUGCCGACCUUCCCGUGGGACAAGGCCCGGGAGGAGGACGCCCUCCCGGAUCCCAACCCGGAGCCCAGCCCCCAGCCCAGCCCCAGGCCCGGCCAGGCCUCUGAGUCCCCCCACCCGUGACCCUGAGAAUAAAUAUAUCACUCCUG